AUGCAAAAACAGCCCCGAAGCGGGUCGGGAGGAAUCCGUCGUCCGAGGUCGGCGGCUUUCGCGCAAAUCGAGGAACACCGCACCUCUGGCCGCUCCACCGUUUGGACAAAAAAUAAUAAUAAUAAUGAGAAAUGGAGAGGCGGAGAGAGAAGAGGCGCAAAGCCGAGGCGAGGGGGAGCCGAGCGGACCCGCGGCGCGGGGCGGACCCCAGGCCGCCAGGGGGCCGAGGCGUCUCGGGCCCGCCCAGGGCGAGCGCUCCGAGGCCCGGUCGGCUUCUGGGGAUGGAAAGCGGCGGCUCACACCUGGGGCUCGCCCGCAGGAAGCCCGCGCCGCCGCUCCGGGCCGCGCCGCGCCGAGCGCCGUUCUGGCAGGGAGCUGUUUCUGCAGAGGCAGCGAGAGGGAGACACCGGGCGCGAGAGCGCGGCGCUGCCUCCCUCCGUCCCUCCCUCCCUUGCUCAGCCCCGCCGCGCCCGCGCCCGCCCUGCCCGCGCCCGCCCGGCGCGCCGGAGCAGACGCGCUGAACGCUUCCAGAUGUGGCGGGGGGGCGCUCCAGGCGCGGACCAGAGCCCAACUUCAGCGCCCGCGGCCGCGCCACCCGACCAACCCCUUGCCGGCACGGCGGCCGGGGAACUAGUGCAGGCCUCCGGCCACGAGAGGCGCCGGGGCAGCCCCGGGUUCGAGGCUCCAGGAUCCCCUGUUGCGCCCAGGAUUGGCCUGCAGACCCCCGCUUUCCUGCUGCUCGGCCCUCAGGGGCCCAGCAGGCCUCGCUGUGUGAGCGGAAUUCCAAGAACAAGGAAUACAAUUUGCCCAACUCCCAGUCUCUUUAAGAUCGAGUGAACAAAACGGCAAAAUGAGCUGUGAUUCCGUGAUUCUGUUGGAUCAAUUACAAUCAGAGCGGUUGUAGAAGUGACAUACACGGGCGACAUACACAGGCGAGGAUGGGCAGCAGAUGGGAGGGGAGAGAGAAAGAGCCCUAGAGGCGGAGCCUCGUGCAAAGCAGCGGUGGUGCCCAGAUGUCUGAACAGAUUAAUAGAGCCAGGUUUGCUGAUUCCUUGGGGGCAGGCGAGCACGUGUUCUGCCAGCAUAUACUUACCCACUUCUCUUAAUUAUUUCUGCCACCCUGGCCGGGAGCUGUGGAGCACAUCUCUCCAGCACUCACUGCAGCCAAGGAAGCUGCUCGAAGGCAAGGUGUCUUACACAGUUUUAUUCAUCAAUGCAUAGAGCAGUAUCUGGUAGGUAGCAAGUACCUAAUAAAUGCAUGCUGAGUGAGUGAAGGAUGAAUGGGCGGCUGGAUGCAUGCAUGCAUGCCUCAGAAGCUUCAGGCAUGCUGCAACUCGCUGUAUUUCUCAAAGCGCCUCUCUGGCCACUGCUUGAGACCUGAAACCUCACCACUCCCCCACUUUCCUUUGUGCAGUGGUUUUGGCACCAGAUUAAAAUGUGAGUGCCCCAGGAGAGGUAUUAAGCUUUAUCACUCAUCUUCAUUCUACUGUCAGUAGUGGUCUAAACGUUUUGGUUAGAAGAGAUGUCUCUUUGCCACCCUAGUAUGUGAGUCCUCACCUUUCAACCUCCAAUUUCAGAAAGAAAAUUAGAAAUGAUGCAGAUCCCAUUUAGGGGGAUCGUAGGCCUGGAUUUCAGGGACCAGUGUAGCUGAUCAUCUGCAUACGCCAAUAAUAAAAUCGGCUUGCAUCCCCAUUGUAUCCUAUGGCUAACAUUGCCAAGUGCUCUGUGUAAAUAGGUAUUGUUAUUAUUCCCAUUUCACAGAUGGGAAAACUAAAACUCAUGUACCAUGGCCAGGGGCACCCAACUGGUAAAAUGGAAAGCCAGUACUUAGCCCAGGAAAAUCUGACACCAAAUUCAUGUGCCUAAUAUUGUCUUGCUCUCUCUUGGCAGGGUGGUCAAAAGUGAUGUGGCAGGUGGUAGAGCUGCAAGAGCGGAACAGUUUAUAACAACAGCAAAAUGAUUGCAAAAUGUGCUUCACAAAAUGCCAUGUAAUUGAGAACCAAGUGUAUGUGUUUUAGGGGGUUACAGACUUGAUUGAUGGUCCAGCUUUUCUAUAAGUAGGCACUGUAUAAACCAAGCAAGAAAAUAUUACCUUCAUGCUGUUUUAGUUUCAUUUUUCACUUCUCUUUUCAGCUGUUAAAUGUGCUCUUUCCUUUCCAGAAAAAGGUAUUUUUUAAAUAUUUGGUCUUGCAAUGUACACCAGUAUUCUGCUUUCUAACUUUGGAACCCAGCCCUGGGUGUUCUUUUUCAAGGUAACAAAUUCUCCAAUUGUGAUGUGGGGAUGUGGGAACAGAAACAGCAGCCUGCCUCUCUUUCACUGAGAGCUUUGACUCCAACUACAAGUGCUUUCCUUUCUCCUCCCUCUCCCCGGGUGUUUAUCUCUGCCAGGCUUUCCACAACAGUAUUGGACUUGUGCACAUUUCCCCCCAACCCCAUGCACACACUUCCCAGAUCUGAAGAAAGAACUGUGUUCCUUCCUCUGCAUAUGCGUUGUACAUAUGGACACUCAAUGUUUACUUAGUUCUUUAUUUACUCUGAAUAACAGUCUACUCUAUGACCACAAAUGUUUCCUUUGGAAGCAAUUAAGAGUGUACUGAAUUAGUUAAUUACAGUGUAUUUAUGAGAGUGGGAAAACUUGAAAAUAAUCAAAAUACUCAAAAUGUUGGCUAAAUAAUGAUAUUACAAAAUUAUUCCAAAUAUUGUUCCACAUAUAUGUGCUCAUUUACUUUUCAGGACAUCCAUGUAAACUGCUUCUGUUCCUAUUUUACAGGAGGAAACAACGAGACAAAGGUUUCUUCGCUUGUCGGUGUUUUGAUUUGAACCUCAGCAGCUUGGCUUCAGCGCCUGGUCUCUUUGCCACUCCAUGGAUAAACUAGGGCACAUGGAUAUAAGAAAAUCCAAUGACACGAAUAGUAUUGAAGGGGAAUAUUAGUGACAUGGAAAAAGACAGCUCCAAAAGAAAAAGGAGUUAUCAAAUAUCAUAUACAGAAUAGUGCCCCCCUUUCUUUUACAUGUGUAUUCUUGAAUUAGGAAAAAACAAUGGAGGAUCACACCAAAAUGUUGGCAGUAGCUCCCUUGGGGAACUAUAGUAAUAGAUAAAUUUUUCUUCAUCUUUACUCUUAUCUGGCCAGAAUUAUGGGAACCAGACUACCAGGCAGGUGCUCUGUCCUGUGAACAGCUAUACCACUUGGGACCAGGACCCCAAUGCUUUGUCAGGGAGGACACCUCUAAAGAAGCUGAGCUCCAAAGUGUCCCUCUGCCCACCUAACAGCUGCUUAAUACUGAAGUUGCCACCCAACUGCAGAAAUCCUCUUGAUGAUUAAAUAUUGUCAUCGUUACAUAAUCACCUAGGAGAUAAGCCUCUGGGCAUGUCUGUGAGGGAUUAUCUAGAUUAGGUUAAGCAAGGUGGGAAGACCCACCUUAUCUGUGGGCCUUACCACUCCAUGAGCCAGCAGAGCAAGAUUCAUCUCUCUCUGCUUCCUGACUGCUGGUGCAAUGUGAGGGUACCUCAAGAUUGUGCAGCCAUGCCUUCUCCACCAUGUUGGACUGUACCCUCAACUGUACCCUCAAAUUAUGA